CUCGCACCGGAUUUGAGUUUCAUGAUCACGGCCGCGACUGACGGCGUCAUGCGAUUGUGGAAGGUCGCUUCCCAACCUCCCACGGUGACGUUGGAAUUCCGCGGGCACAUCGGUGAAAUCACUUGUACCGCCUGCGCGUCGACUGGGUUAUUCGCAAGCAGUGGUGUUGACAGCAGCAUCAUGCUGUGGGAGCCUAGGAACGCAAAGCACGUGGGGCUGAUCAAAGCACACGAUGGACCGAUUACUGCUUUGAGCUUUAACCGAGAUGGCAAACUGCUCGUAUCCGCAUCUGUCGAUCGAACGUGCAAAAUCCACAGUUCGCUCACCGGUAAACUGAUUGUUUCAAUGAAUCACAUUCAUCGAAUUACUUGUGCGAGUAUUUCGCUAGACGCAAGUUGCGUUGUGACGGGUGCAGGAGACGGAACGAUGCGUCUCUGGUCU